AGCCUGGAAUCCGACGGUCCUCGUGACUGGAUCAGGGGCAACAAAUGCGCACGGUUUAACUUAUUCUCGCAGUGCACGGUUUUUAGGCCAUAUUUUUUUAUAUACCCCGUGUGUAUGUUCAAGCAUAUGCUCAUUUGCUUGCAAGGUUCUUUUCCACGCAGAACCCCUUUCUACGGAGCCUUGAAGCAUCUGUUAUCUGCUGAAAUCGUGAAAUAUAUACGCGGCUGCGAUAAAUCUCUGUAGAUUCUAGUUGGCAUUGAAUCGGGCUUUGAUUUGUGUUAGACUGCAGUAAUUAUGACGGCCAAUUUCGAUCGGUGGGAGGCAGAUCCUUUCUUUUCAGCGGCUGAGGAUGUGCAGGAUUCGGCUGACAGGUUAGAAUCCGUGUACAGACGUUGGGUGCAUGCACAGACUGCGGCAGAGUUGGAUCAUGAUGCUUCCUCAGAGGGUGGGGAAGAUUCAGUUGAUUUUCUGAGACGGGAGCUGCAAACAGCCCUUGGCACUGCUAAAUGGCAGCUAGAUGAGUUUGACAGAGCAGUGAAAUCGAGUUACUGUGGGAAUGACGGUGAUGCUGGUGAUAGACAUAAACAAUUUGUAGCGGCUAUUCAGAGUCAAAUAACUGGCAUUGAAAAAUCUUUAAGUAAUUCAAAUGGUGGGGAUGGCAAGAAAGGCAUACGUUGGAUUCAGCUUGAUGAUCGGGAGAAGGAUGAUUUAGCCUCAUUUCUUUGUGGGUCUUGUGGGAGUAAUAAUAAUUGCUUAGAACAGCGCAGUGACAGCAGCACAGAAGAAAUGGUGGAGUUGAGACUUGAUGAUGCACCCCUGUUGAAGAGGAGAGACUUGAGGAAUUUACGUGACACUGAGACUACCUGUAAGGUUGAUAAUCAUUUCAAAGAAACUGUUUUCAUUAAUAAGGACUCUAAAUUUGUAAUAGAAUUGGCAGAACAAAAGCUUGCUGAUAAUUGGGAUGAUAGGCACAGCGAGGGUUUUAUAGAUAAAAAAACUGGUCAUAGAAGAAGUUCAAGUGUUGGGGCUGACCUUGGUUCAUGGAAAAUUACGAUUGAAGAUGAUAAUGCACAAAAAGAAAGUUUGGGAUUGCAACUACAUGAAUCUCUCACUCGACGGAAUGUGCUGGGAUUGAUAAACAACAUGGGUCUUGAAGUACCACUAAGGUGGUCCAGAGGUUGUUUAAGGAGGUGUAAAGAUAGUAUCAGUUUUCAUUGCCAUCCUCGGAAUGGGCAUUUGAAAGACCUGGGUUCAGCAAUAUUGUCUGAUAGUAACAAGAGAAUGUAUCACGGUUCUGAACAAACAUAUGGUUGGCUUGGAGCAGUGCAAAGGAAGAUGCUGAGGUCUCAGUAUUUUCUUCAGUAUAGCCGCCCUUUACAGAUAACUUGGGUGCUUAUUGCAAUGCUGUGUCUAGUAGGUCUCUUCACAUUCCUGGCAGCCUAAAAAAUUGACCCAAAACAAAUUUAAUUAUUUGAGAUUCAGUCAUUGUAAGCUUGCUGUAUAUAGGAGUCCAAGAAGUUUACCUGCAGCAAUUUCUGCGGAGUAAAGUUCCUGUAUUGUUGUCACUGGUAGAGAUCGACAGGCAUGCAAUAUAUGGAAAGCUAUCAAGAAAUUUUGUUUUGCUUACAAUUUGGGUGAAGCUUUUAAGAUAGGUUUCUAAGUUUUACUCCACAAUUCUGUGGAAGUGAAAUCGAGAAUGUACUUGUUAUAGAUGAUGCUUGUUCGUUUCAUCUAUUGGGUAUAUUAACAGUAUGUAUUGGUGUCAAAUUGCAUUCAUGACACCAUUUUGUUGUAUUCUAAAACUUACAAAGCAAAGCCAUUUGAAUAAAAUAUCAAUGUCUCAUCA